CUGUUUGAGGUGUUGCAGGAUUGUUGUGUUGUGUCGUUGGGCGUAUGUCUUUGCAUUUUCAAGGCGGAGCUGAAAGAGCAGCUACAGAGAUACUUUUACAUUGGAAGGGCGGUACCACCCUGCUGAGCUAGCUGUCAUUUUUAGACAUUUACAGCAAAACUCUCUUCUUGUGAGACCUGAAACGCAUCACGUUUAACGCUCAUUACCAGGCAGACAUGGCUACCCAAUGUGUAACCAAGGUGGAGCUGACUGUGUCCUGUGAGAAUCUUCUGGACAAGGACAUUGGCUCAAAGUCUGACCCUAUGUGUUCCCUGUUAAUGAGCAGCUCUGACUCCCAGUGGUAUGAGGUGGGACGCACCGAGCAAGUCCAGAAUUGCCUGUGCCCAAAGUUUGCAAAAAAGUUCGUCAUCGACUACUACUUCGAAAUAGUGCAGAAACUGAAGUUUGGGAUUUAUGACAUCGACAACAAAACUAUUGACCUGAGUGACGAUGACUUCCUGGGGGAACUGGAGUGCACCCUGGGCCAGGUUGUGUCCAGUAAAAAGCUGACCCGACCACUUCUCUUGAAGAACAAAAAAUCCCCUGCAGGAAAAGGGACCAUCACAAUCAGUGCAGAAGAAAUCAAAGACAGCAGGGUGGCCAAUUUUGAAGUUGAAGCCAGAAAACUCGAUAACAAGGAUUUCUUUGGGAAGUCUGACCCUUACCUGGAAUUUUACAAGCAGACAGCAACUGGAUGGCAGCUGGCUCACAGGACCGAGGUGGUGAACAACAACUUGAAUCCAACAUGGAAACCCUUUCGAAUCACCCUGCAGUCUCUCUGUGGAGGAGACCUGGACAAACCUAUAAAAGUUGAGUGUUAUGACUAUGACAGCGAUGGCUCGCAUGACCUUAUUGGAACCUUUGAGACCACGAUGACACGCUUCCAACAAGCAUCACGAACCUCUCCAGCGGAGUUUGAAUGCAUCAACAGUAAAAAGAAAGAGAAGAAGAAAGGCUACAAGAACUCUGGUGUUGUGAGCGUGAAGUUAUGCCAGGUGGUGAAGGAGUAUACCUUCCUGGAUUACGUUAUGGGAGGCUGUCAAAUCAACUUCACCGUGGCUAUUGACUUCACAGGCUCCAACGGGGAUCCCAGGUCUCCUCAGUCCCUGCACUACAUCAGUCCUCAGGGCGUCAACGAGUACCUCUCUGCAAUCUGGUCUGUGGGCAAUGUCAUCCAGGACUAUGACAGUGACAAGAUGUUUCCUGCGUUUGGAUUUGGAGCCCAAAUCCCUCCAUCAUGGCAGGUUUCCCAUGAGUUCCCCCUCAAUUUCAACCCAUCGAAUCCGUUUUGUACAGGCAUAGAAGGUGUGGUGGAUGCCUACAGGGUGUGUCUGCCCCAAGUCAAACUCUACGGUCCCACCAACUUCUGCCCCAUCAUCAACCACGUAGCCUGCUUUGCUAAGCAAGCCCUGCAGCAGACCACUGCAUCACAAUACUAUGUUCUGCUGAUCAUCACUGACGGAGUGAUCACAGACAUGGAUGACACCCGCAGUGCCAUCGUCAACGCCUCUCGCCUGCCCAUGUCCAUCAUCAUUGUUGGAGUUGGGGGGGCGGACUUCACUGCCAUGGAGUUCCUGGAUGGAGAUGACGGACGCUUGCGCUCUCAGACCGGCGAGACUGCCAUGCGAGACAUCGUCCAGUUUGUGCCGUACAGGCAGUUUGAAAAGGCGCCCUGCCAGGCUCUUGCCCAGAGCGUAUUGGCCGAGUUACCUCAACAAGUGGCCUCCUUCUUCAGUUUAUUCAAACUGAAGCCUUCCCACGAUCCUAAUCCUUCAUAGGGGCUCCGCGGGAAGCACUGGCAAAGAGUGUGUUGGCAGAAGUACCAGGUCAGCUGGUGGAGUUUUUCAAUAUCAUGAAGCAGACUCCACCCAACUCCAGUCCUGCUCCGACCCCUGCAGGGACCAAGUGAUGCUUCAAGGAAACAGACAGACAUCAUCUCCUGCAGAUUUAAAGGCAAAUGGGCAAAAUUUCCUUCCUACACUUUCCUCACUCGCUUUUCAACGCUCUAUUGACCAACCUGUGUUUUUUUAAAGUGUCAAAAAUAUAUGUAGCUUUAGUUAGAUAUUUACAUCCAUGAGGUCAUUUUAGCUGUUAUUCAGUGCAAGUGCAACCUAAAAAUAGAAAACCAACUCUGUCAUUCCUUAACUUUUAACAUAAGUGAAUGGGUAAGGAAUUACUAGUUAAAAGGUUAAAAUGUUUCCGUUUAGCUGCUCAAAGAUAUAACCAUUCUUUGUUUCUAUAGUGUUGAAACAGGAUACCUAUGCAUAACAACACAAGGACAUUGCAGAAACAUUAUAUAUUUUUUUAAUUCCUCAUGAGAGUUCAGUUUAUUUGUAUGCCCGUUUGAUGGCUGAAGUAGUUUUGUAAAAAGGUUUUUACACACCAAGAUCACCUUUAAUCAUGGCAUGAACACAUGCAUGGGAAACUGGUGUGGUAGUCAAAUAUAUCACAAACAUGUCAUGCAUUAUUUUUAUAUCAUUUAGCUAAAUUCCUGCAGCACUACUAGGAACAUAAUCAUGUACAUACGGUGUUAUUAUACAGCCAAUAGACGCUGCUGUUUUGGCACAUAGAGAACAUAUGGUCUUAUGUUCUCUGAUGCUUCCCUAUGCACUAUGAGGUUUAACCUAAUGAAUGCCAAACUCUGUGCAGGUAUAGGCCUGUGUGAACCUAGAGCUGUUUAUAACUUUAAGUAUGAAACUGAAAUAUUGUGUUAGCAACAAAAGUAGUAGUUUGUUAUGAGUUAUUGUGCCAGUCAUCACUCAGUUGUGUACAUUUAAUGUGGUUUACCAUUAUGCCAGUGGUGUACUUUGCCUUCCCCAGUUAGAUUAGCAAAGACACUAUUGGGUCGUUUCCUUGACAUGGACUACCAGUAAGGAUUUCUUUUUGCAAUGAUAUGGCUAUCGACCUUUGAUUUACUCUGGGUUUUAUCUAUUUUCUACUGACCUCUUAUUUCAGUAUUAAUCAUUUCCACCUGGAAACUAGAAACAGUAGUGCUUAAUGUAAUCUUGCAUGUCAAGUACAAAACUGUAUAUCUCUGUUCCAAUUUAAUUGUUGUACAAUGAAUGCUAUAAAUAAGCACCCAAUGUAUCAGCUUUAGUGCUCUAUUAGAAAAAGGUGAUGUGCCUUAAGUGUUUACAUACAGAAAGUGCAUAAACCCCCCCCCAAUAAAGCACCUGUUAUUCAACACAAA